UUUCAGUCCGACACAUCCUUUACUUAACCUUCAUCUUUCUUGAACUUCAUCUUUGUCGCUCAGAUUCUUCCUACACCCUAUUGGCAAUUGGAGACCUUGUUUGCAAGUCGAGACCGAGACCUCUGUCAGCCAUUCAUCAAAAACGAAAUCAACAACUCAUCAAUAACCAUAUCAACCGACAUCAAAGUUACGAUUCAAGGGCAAAUCAACACCUCUCUCAACGCUCCCUCAAGAUACAUAUCAAGCUCCAGGACAUAUUUUCAACUAUAUCGGUUCCGCGGCGGAGAUGUUUUCCUAUGGAGAUAUGCCAGAUACCGCUGGGUGGAACACUCAAGCUCAGUCAGCUUUGAUUCCCAACCAAACCCUUCUCUCCGCCUGCGAAAACCCACCCAAUCUCAACCUUUCUACAUCUGGCUUGCUGCUUCAUUCUGCUCAAUCCAAUCAAUCACAAAAUAAUACUCAUCAAUCGCAAGACGACGAAGACGGCUUGCGAGCUAUGAUGGCCGAUAAUGCACAACAAAGAUCUGAACAACAAAACCCUGAAACCAUCAAAUUAAAUCGUCCAACACAUUCACAUCAGCUGACCGAUGCCGACAUGGAACGCUUUGCUAAAUUGGGGCUCGCCGAACUUCGAGUCGCUUCGGACGCCUAUGCCACUCGAGGUCGGAUGACCGAAGAUAUGAAAGCCAAAGUCAAUGACCUUUACUACGACUUCCAGUGUGAUGUUGUUAAGCUUGCAAUACAUAACCGAGUAGGUGUACACCUUUACUUUGAACAUUUAGGACAAAGUAGAAGAGUCAGAGGCGGAUCGACAUGGAAUAACUUUCAGAAAUAUGAUUCUGAGGCGCAGAAGCUAUUUGACGAAUAUGGCCGCGUUGCUGGGGCUCCCAUGGUGUCUGCUUUGUGGAAUACUAAAACUCAAGCAGAAAAGGAUCGCUACCUUGAUUUAGACUUUUUGAAUACCUUGCGCGAAGUGGUAACGGACGAAUCUACCACAUCGGUCCCACCCGAACCAACAACCAGUUACCCAUCUGAACGACCAAAAGACCCUUCGAUUAAUGCUAGUCGAGUAGCAGCAAGAUUGAACGGAAGAAUACAAUCGUCAAACGCCUUGCAGCAGAAAACCUUGACCAUGACGAUUGAGUGGGUACAAAAGGUGGAAUCGGAUUUGAAAUCACUGAGCUUCUUCCAUCAAAUGGAAGGGAUCCUGCUAGUUGCAUCCCGUCAUCCCAAAAGCACCUUUUUUCGCAAAAUAGGCUCUCCCCUCGGUAACGGGUAUUUGGAUAUGCUUGCAGACCAGCCCCACACCGACGCUGCCGCUGAAUUUCACACCUGGGUCGCUACCCAAGCAAUCUUAAUCAACAAAGGUAUCGAGCCGGCGGUUCCUAGAAAAAAACGUACUAAGCCGGUUGAUGAAAUCACCGAGAAAUUCAGGGUUGGUAAUCUUGCCGAUAACAUUUCCGCCAUACGAGCCAAACUCAAAGAGUUAAUUCACACUGCCAGCGGACGUAAGCUUCAUUGUGCAUGGCCAGGUGAAGACUCGGCAAAUCGCUUGAGAGACCUAAAAAUUUCGGUUCGAAUCGAUGAAAACGACUGGAACAUCGAACCAAGCGACUUGUGCAAGCCUCUUGUCCAGAUCAAAGGAGGGACCGAUGUGGCUAUCCUCGCAUGUUUAGGUCUGAACAAAAUACAUCUAACCUAUCAUCCCGAGUGGGAUAGUCCACCCCGGACCCACAAGAAAUCAGCUACCGGCAAGAAAUCCAAGUCGGCCAACCAGAAAAACUCUACCAAUACUAAUGGUGCGAGCGAGGAUCACAGAAGGCGAACCGAUGACGAUCAAGACACUGACAAUGACAGCGAAGGCGAAGAUGAUCAGGAGAGUGGGGAGGAUGAAGCACCUGCCAGAAAGAGAAAGCGCGCUGUCGUCCAAGGUCCCGCGGCAACCAAAAAGCAAACAGCGGCUCAAAAGAAGAUAUCGAAUGCCAGGGAAAUGGUCAGGAGAAAUGCGAGGAGUGUGCGGACCGACAAUACCACCAAUCGGCUAGGUGAUCAGCCAGUGUCGAAUGGAGGCGUAGGCAAUCAAUCUGUAUCAAAUGAAGCUGGGUCGACUACUUUGGGGGGCUCAGCUGACCCGUGUUUGGACCCACUUCUCAACACUCUGGCUUGACCGCACCUCCAACUUCUUCAUUUCUUGGUUUUGAUUCCUCUUCUCUUACCAAUUCCGUUUCUGUUACCGGUUCUCUUCUCUUACCGAUCCUUACUCUUGAAGUGAUAAACAGUAUACAAUACAUGCCUAUGUGAUUGUCUUGUGCUUCCGAUUCUUUUUUCUUCUGCCAACUGCGUUCCUGUCAUGUUUUUCUCUUACCGAUCCCAACCCCCGAACUGCUAAACAGUAUACAUGCCUGUGUGAUUGUCUUUCACUAUUGUCUUGUAUGAUUGUUUUUCCUACCAACUGCAUUCCUACCUAGAAUAAUACUAACGACUACAUAUGAGACAAACAAGGGAAAAAAAACUGAAUUUUCUGCAACUCCAAAAAGUUGAUGUGUUUUCGAGUUAAAUAUUUAGUUUGCUUGAGCUUGAAAAUGAGGUCAAUUAGACACCAAAUGGAAAUCUAUAACCUGUCACUUUCACAUAUAAACUACUCGGGAGAUUGAUUUGAUUC